UCUAAACCCCGAUUCACGAAUCAGGCUUCAGGCUUCAGGCUUCCCUUCCCCGUGGCCCUUCGCUCGCUACACGCUAGUCGCUAGUCGCUUCAGACUCCAGUCGUCUCACCUAGCCGGCCAAAAACUCAGAUAAGGUAAUAAAACAGACGCAGGGACGGAGAGAUAGCAGAGGGAGUGGAGAUGGGGGUGGAUUACUACAAGGUUUUACAGGUAGACCGAAACGCCAAGGAAGAUGACUUGAAAAAAGCUUAUAGGAAACUCGCCAUGAAAUGGCACCCGGAUAAGAACCCUAACAAUAAGAAAGAAGCAGAAGCCAAAUUCAAACAAAUCUCGGAAGCUUACGAUGUUCUAAGUGACCCCCAAAAGCGGGCGGUCUACGACCAGUACGGCGAAGAAGGUCUGAAAGGUCAGGUCCCACCCCCAGGUGCAGGUGGGUUCUCUGGCAUGUCGGAUGCCGGUGGCUCCACGACGUUUCGGUUUAAUCCGAGAAGCGCCGACGAUAUAUUCUCUGAGUUUUUUGGCUUUUCUAGUCCCUUCGGAGGGAUGGGAGACAUGGGAGGGUCGCGUGCCGGUGGCUCGAGUUUUCCGAGGAGCAUGUUUGGUGAUGACAUUUUUGCUUCAUUUAGGGGCGGAGGAGGAGAAGGUUCUGCUACUGCACCCCGCAAAGCAGCGCCAAUUGAGCGGACACUUACUUGUAGUUUGGAGGAUUUGUACAAGGGAACGACCAAGAAAAUGAAGAUUUCGAGGGAUGUGGCUGACUCUAGUGGGAGACCCACAACUCUAGAGGAAAUUCUGACAAUAGAGAUCAAGCCAGGCUGGAAGAAAGGGACAAAAAUCACUUUUCCAGAGAAGGGUAAUGAACAGCGAGGUCUGAUACCUUCAGACCUGGUCUUUAUCAUUGAUGAGAGGCCACAUAGUGUCUUCAAGAGGGAUGGCAAUGAUCUAAUUGUCACACAGAAAAUAUCUCUUGUUGAAGCUCUGACAGGUUACACAGUACAGUUGACAACCCUGGAUGGACGGAAUUUGACCAUCCCCAUCAACUCUGUCAUCAGCCCCAGCUAUGAAGAAGUUGUUAAAGGGGAGGGAAUGCCGAUUCCAAAGGAGCCUACCAAGAAAGGGAACUUGAGAAUUAAGUUCAACAUCAAGUUCCCCAGCCGACUUACACCUGAGCAGAAGACGGGCAUCAAACGGUUGUUGACUUCAUGAAUAAUAUUAGUAGCUCUCUUUCCUCGUGUAAGUUCUCUAGAAUUUCCUUUUUUGCUGGUGUUUUCAGGUACGGAAGUUUAGGCACUGUGCUUUUACUUGGAUUUCAUGGGAGCAAUAGUUGUGGAGGUUCAGUAUAUGUCCGUAUAUAUACAUAUUCUCUCUUUGAUGCAUGGGCUGUCUUCUUCAAUUGCCUAGUAUUAUUGCAUAUCUUCUCAUCAACAUAGUGGCAACUGGCAAGACAAUUUAUUUUGUUCAUUUAUUUAUUUUUGGGGGUGGGUUGGAGUUUUAGAUUUUAUGUGGCUUUUAAUGCAAAGGACAUGAUGCCGAAAAGAAAUGGAAGGCUAUGGUUUCUGAGUAACUGGGCAAAGUCGCUCCAGAGCUAGAUCAACUCUAUGUUCAUGCCCUGCUUCAAAUUUACUAAGUUUAUGGUACUGGACUGAAUUGAUAAAGUGAUCCUAUGAAAUUCAUGGGGAAAAGUUCUGGAUUGUUGCCAUGACUGUUUAUGACUAAUCCAGUGUUUCUUUUUUGGGUUGCUUCUAGUGUAUAUUAAUUUAAAAACAGCUUCAAUUCAAGAAUAGAUUCUGUUAAUAUCUUUUCACUACA